AUGGCACCGAGAAAAAAGACUACAAAAGUACCAGCAAAACCGACAAAUCCACCAGCAAGACGGGAAUCGGCCGAACUACCGCCAGAACCUUCGCGUCGAAAUGAACGUAACAGCAACUUCCGCUCCCUAAAAACAGUGGACGAGCUUCGGAGCGUAAUGGGCGUGGAAUCGGAGGAUUCCCACAGCAAUAGCGAGAAUGAAUCGUUGCGCAGCAACACGAACCAAUCGCGUCCUAACUUUUCCUUCCUGCCGUCGCACAAACAUUCCAGCCCGAACACCGUCAAACGGACUAUCUCGGGUCCGUCCACCACAGCCCAUCGGCUUACCAGCAUGCCGACUGUACCGAACACGGAUCUGGAACACCAGGAUAGUUCGGCCGCUUCGACUAACGCCCCCACACCGAAAUCCGGCAGCCGUAAAUCAACGCGAUCCGUAGCAAAUAGCGAAGCCAGCACAUCCAGCGAAGCGUCGCAGCGAGCCGAGCCCGAGCCCCAGCCUAGCACAUCGCAACAACAUUCGCACAGCCGCAAACAGCAAACGCCCGGCCAGCUGAAGUUGUUGAAGGAGAUCAUAAGACUGCAAAGCACGGUGGACAAUCUUAUUCCGAAGAUGUGCUUCGCGCGCGUUAUUCGCGAAAUUCUGGCCGAGUAUGCGCACCGGCCGCUACGGGUUUCACCGGAUAUGCUGUUCUGCCUGCAGGAAGCGGCCGAGAUUUACUUGGUUCAGCUGUUCGAAGAUUCAUACCGAUGUACAAUUCACCGCGGUCGGGUGACGCUCAUUCCCAAGGAUAUGCGGCUUGCCUGCGCACUUCGUCGAGAUAAUUAA